AUGGAGGACGAGAGGAAGAGGAAGAGGAAGCAGUCGAACCGCGAAUCGGCACGCAGGUCUCGAAUGAGGAAGCAGCAACGGCUGGACGAGCUCAUGGGGCAGGUGAACCAACUGGAGGAGGAGAAUAAAAAGGUGAUGCAAAUGAUCGACAGUGCCUCUCAAUUGUACAUCGGUUUUGCAUCCGAGAACAAUGUGCUAAGGGCUCGGGCAGUCGAGCUUACCGAUCGCCUGAGAUCGCUUAAUUCCGUGAUUCAGAUCGCGUCUGAGGUGAGCGGCAUGGCGCUUGAUGUUCCGGAUGUCCCUUCUUCUGAUUCAGUGCUCGAGCCGUGGAAAUUGCCCUGCCCGAUGCAGGCGAUUCGCGAUCCUUGCUGA